AUCCCUAAUUUGGUUGAAUUUAAACCCUAAGCAAAUUGACUCAAUUAGUUAAAUUGAAAUAAGGCGCUACAAAUAUGCACAUGAAUGAAUGCUAGCGAGCGAGAAAGACAGUUAUUAUGGGAAUGGAAGAGGAAUCAGAGAGGAAAAGGGAGGUGGGGAGUCGAAAGGAGAAGAGGAAGGCAGCGAAGAAAAUGAGGAGGAAGAAGAGAAGGCAGGAGAAUGCAGAGAUGGCGAGGUUGGAGGAAGAAGCGCGGCUCAACGAUCCCGAAGAGCAGAGGAAGAUGCUACUAUUGGAGCAGCAAGAGGCGGAAAGGAUGCAAAGGGAUAGGAUCGCCUUCGAGGAGAGUGAGAGGGCUUGGAUGAUCAAACACCAACUACUUCUUCAACAGCAACUAGAAGACGCUGAUAACAAUAAUAAUAAUAAUAAUAAUAAUAAUAACAAUAAUAAUAACAACGGUGUCGAAGAAGAAGAAUCUGAAAAAGAAGAAGAUGAAGAUGACGGUCCUCCUGAGAUUAUUUGGCGAGGAAACGAAAUAAUCAUCAAGAAGAAAAAGAAAAAGGCGAACAGCCUCCUCCAACGCCACCAGGAGCAUCAUGAGUGUGAUAGUAAUAAUAGACCUACAUCAAAUCCCUUUCCACCGGAAUCUCCCUCUCAACCUCACUCCAAUUCACCCACCCUGGAGAAUGUUGCUCAACAACUACCUAAUUUCGGAACUGAACUGGAUAAAGCUCACUGUCCUUUUCAUCUUAAAACAGGAGCAUGUCGUUUUGGUGAACGUUGUAGCAGGGUUCAUUUUUACCCUGAUAAGUCCUCCACCCUUCUCAUCAAAAACAUGUACAAUGGUCCUGGCCUUGCUUGGGAACAAGAUGAAGGCCUUGAGUAUACAGAGGAGGAGGUUGAGUUCUGUUUUAAAGAGUUCUAUGACGAUGUUCACACAGAGUUCCUGAAGUUUGGAGAACUUGUGAACUUCAAGGUGUGUAAAAAUGGUUCAUUUCACUUGCGAGGAAAUGUCUACGUGCAGUAUAAGCUGUUGGAUUCUGCUUUGCGUGCUUAUAACUCAGUUAAUGGUCGCUACUUUGCUGGGAAACAGGUGAGUUGUAAGUUUGUUAAUUUAACAAGAUGGAAGGUUGCCAUUUGUGGGGAGUAUAUGAAAUCAGGUUACAAGACUUGUUCCCAUGGAACAGCUUGCAAUUUUAUCCACUGUUUCCGUAAUCCUGGUGGAGACUAUGAAUGGGCAGAUUCUGACAAACCACCCCCAAAUUUUUGGGUUAAGCAGAUGGCUGCUUUAUUUGGUCAUUCUGAUGAUUAUGAGAUCUCAAGGGUCCAUGGAAAUUUGUGUGUACUGAACCCCUCCAGCAAUGUCUCAAAAACAGAUUCUGACAGGUAUCACUCUAGAAGAUCAAGAUCUAGAGAACUGGGUCAGUUAAAUGGUGGUCGCUCUGGUAGAAGAAUACAGGAAGAUGAAAAAAAGCAAAGAACUCCUGAUGAGGAGCGGAAUACCAACCAUAAAAGAAAAUGCAGGAACGGAACUCCUGAUACUGAUACGGAAUGGUCAGAAGAGGUAGAUCGGGAAAAGUACCAUGAACACACUAGGGAAAGCUCGUUUAAUAGGAACAGGGACGACGAUAGCAGAAGGCAUGAAGAGUAUUCUGACGUGAAUUGGGUAAACAGGGACAGUGAAAAGCAGCAUGACAGAAAAGGAAGGAGCUCACGAAAGUGGAACCAGGACAGUAGGGACUGGAUUUAUGAGGCUGGAUCUGAUGAGGAUAGAGUUAGAAGAAGGCACCACAGCAGCCAACGGAAAGGAUCGAGACAUCAGAGCAGGGACAACAGAAAUCGAACUGAUGAAUCCGAAUCUGAUGAAGAUAGAGCCCAUGAAGAAUAUUCUGAUGUGGAUUGGGAUACUACAAUCAGGCACCAUGAAAAUCAGCAUGACGAAAAAGGAAGGAACUCGCAAAUUUAUGAGACUGAAUCAGAUGAGGAUAGACACAGAAAAAGGUACUAUAGGAGCCAAAUGAAAGAAGCAAGACACCGGAGCAGGGACAACAGUUAUGUAACCGAUGAAUCUGAAUCUGACAAAGAUAGAGAGAUGGAAACACAACACAAUUACUCUAGGAAAAAGUCAAGGCACAAAAGAUCUGGCCUUCAGGAUUACCGUAAAGACUGUGAUAAUGAAAAUGACAAGGUUGAUGGAGAUUGGUCUCAGGGAGAGAGUGAUCCACAAGCACAUCAUCACAAAAAGAAGAGAUUAUAACACCAGACGAAAACCUAUGGAGACACUAAGAAUGUAAGUCAUGAGAGCAGUGGAGAGUUGUCUAGCAAGAAUCCAGGCGGGGACAGACAUGAAAAAAGCAAAGUUGCAAUCACUUAUAACGUACUGAAGAUUCAAAACCUCAUAUUAUACUUUUUUUCCUGUUUACUUUUGAGUUUUGAGAAGUAUGAGAUCGGCAGCCACAUUUGGUCUACGCCUGGAUCCGAAUUCCUCUCUUUCCAGCAACAAUUUGUUAUUUCAUUUGGGGAUCUGUCUAUAGGUAUAGAAUUAGUUAAUGUAAUGGGUUGUAUAUGCUCGAAAGGAAAAUCAGCAAAUGAAUACGUCGCCGAAAACCACAGAAGAGAAUUGAAGGCAAAGAGAUCAUCAUCAUCAUCAAAGCAUUUGAUUGUUAAUAAUAAUAAUAAUAAUAAUAAUGAUGCGACUACACACCUCAUAUCCAACACCUAUCGUGAUUCAUCCGAUGAAAACGAAAACGAAAAUGAAAAUGAAAAUAAUGCAUCCGAAAAAGUAGUUAGUAAGAGAAUAAUUACUACUACUUCUACAACAACAACAACUACUACUACUAGUAGUGUGAGUGUGGGUGUUAUUAGUAAAGGUUUUCAAAUUAAGAGUUCUCUUGUUGUUGCUGGAUGGCCUUCUUGGCUCACCGCCGUUGCCGGAGAAGCCAUCUCCGGUUGGAUACCUCGCAGAGCCGACUCUUUUCACAAGUUGGACAAGAUUGGCCAAGGUACUUACAGCAGUGUUUACAGAGCUCGUGAUCUUGAAACUAACAAAAUUGUUGCCUUGAAGAAGGUCAAAUUCGCUAAUAUCGAUCCAGAAAGUGUUCGUUUUAUGGCUAGAGAAAUCAUUCUCCUGCGAAGGCUCGAUCAUCCAAAUGUCAUGAAACUUCAAGGAAUGAUUACUUCAACACUUUCUGGUAGCUUGUACCUUAUUUUUGAAUAUAUGGACCAUGAUCUUUCUGGUCUUGCAGCAAUACCUGGCGUCAACUUUACCCAACCACAGAUCAAGUGUUAUAUGCAACAGCUUCUUCGUGGUCUUGAGCAUUGUCACAGUCGCGGUGUUAUGCAUCGUGAUAUCAAGGGGUCAAAUCUUCUGCUUGACAAUAACGGCAAUCUGAAGAUUGCUGAUUUUGGGCUUGCAACUUCCUUUCAGCCAUCUCAAGAGCAGCCUUUAACAAGUCGUGUAGUAACCUUGUGGUACCGGCCGCCUGAACUUUUACUCGGAGCUACCAGUUAUGGAGUUGCUGUGGAUUUGUGGAGUGCUGGUUGUAUUCUAGCAGAACUGUUCGCCGGGAAGCCUAUAAUGCCCGGGAGAACUGAGGUGGAGCAACUUCAUAAAAUCUUCAAGCUCUGUGGAUCUCCUUCUGAAGAUUACUGGAAGAAGUCAAAGCUACCACAUGCGACAAUUUUCAAACCUCAACAACCUUACAAACGUGUUGUUUCUGAGACAUUCAAGGAUUUUCCUUCAUCAGCACUGAGCCUCUUGGAGGUCCUACUUGCUAUUGAACCAAAAGAUCGAGGAACUGCAUCUUCAACACUUCAGAAUGAGUUCUUCACAUCAAAUCCACUUCCUUGUGAUCCAACAACUUUGCCAAAGUACCCACCAAGUAAGGAACUUGAUUCAAAUUUCGAGAAGAGGAUGCUAGAAGGUAUUAUUUCUUUGAAUCUGGUUAUCAUCAGAGAUUCCGUGAUAUUUUCAUAUCUCAUGUUUGAUUUAUCAGCAGAAACAGCGAAAUUUUUUGCUGCUAGUGUAGUAGUGCGACGCACAGCAAAUAAAGGACAUGGACAGGAAUCAGUUGGAAGGAAUUUUAAAGAGUCUAAGGUUGUCCCAGCACCUGAAGCUAAUGUCAAUUUUCAGGCAUCAAUAGAGAAGAGACAAGGGCAGUGUAAUUCAAAAUGUGUUAGUGAGAAGUACAAUCCUGAAGAGGAAGGAGGUUAUGGUUUCCCUCUUGGACCUGUAAAGUCAAAAGCACAGAAUAUCUUCUCUCAUUCGGGCCAGUCAAUGCAUCCAAGUGCAUAUGGAUCUUCAUGCAAUAUGAAUUUAAGAGGGGAAGAUGUUCUUAUUGGACCUGAUCGUGUCUUUACAUCAAGAAACUCUGAACUGAGAAAACAAAAUUCCUAUUGGCACGGUAGCACUGCAAAAUUGUCCAGAUUUUCUAAUUCGGUUGCAGUUCGAGGUGAUUCACGGUUUGAUAUGAGUGGAGACUGUAGUUUGAAUUCACAGUGGCAAGAGGAUCACUUUGAUAUGAGAUAUAGUCAUUUGGCUAAUGGUGAGUCCAGUCAAUUGCUGGAUGGAACCAAACAUUCUCGCAAGGAAGAAUUCCAUCUACUCGGGAAGGAUCGUUCCAUGGGUUAUGCUUCCAAAAAUAGCCACCUCAACUUUUCUGGACCACUAUUGCCUUCAGAUGAUGAUCUUGAAGAGAUCCUUAAGGAGCAUGAAAGGCAAAUCCAACAAGCUGUCCGCAAAGCUCGGUUGAAUAAAAAGGCUGGACAGUGAGAAUUGAAUCACUAUACAACCAAGUGAGAAAUCGCAAGUGACAUUUCAAAGGGUUUUGAUGCAUUUAAUUUGGGAUGAGGAGGACAAUUGAACACAAGAUUGUGGCUAAGAUUAACAUUUCUUUUUGGAAACUCGUCAAAAUCUCUCGAUGCUGAGCUGAGAGAUGAUGACUAAAACUCGUGAGGCUUCAAUGUACUUUUAUACAUUGGAUAUUCAUAACUACUACCAUAGAAGGUAUUGUACAGUACAGAAAUCUAACCAACAAAACAAACUUGCAUGUUUCAGGAAGCUCUAUAGUCUAUAGAGCAAAUGAAAUCCAUGGCGAUACAUUGAUUGUAUAAAAGUUUAUGGUUUAUUAAAUUAACACACUAGUGGGUUGUUACGUUUCAGAUGCCGACGUCAUUACCUUGUACACUUGGCCAAAUUACAAAAAUUUUCCUUUCAUUUAA